UGUCACAUGUUUACACAUGUUUAAUUUCAUUUUCAUUUUAAGCAGUAAACGUAGUUGCGUUAAAAAAUUUGCAAAUUUUUCUUAUCGUUUAUUAUCAAUUAAAAAUAUGAGAAAUAUAGAGAUUAAAGCAAAAGUUAAAAACCCAGAAGAGUUUUUAGCUAAAGUAAAAGAAAUCACUGAUACUAAAGAAACUGUUAUUCCACAGAGAGAUAUUUUUUUCAAUUUGCCUAAAGACAAACCGGGCAGAUUAAAACUUCGAAAUUUUCAAGAUGGAAGUGGAGAACUUAUUUUUUACAAUCGUCCAGAUAUGGAAGGACCAAAACUCUCUGAUUUUGAGAAGACAUUUUUGACACCUGAUGCUUGCAAAGGUAUCGAAAAGAUUCUUACGACUGCAUAUGGUACUUUGGGAAUUGUUGAAAAAACAAGACUUUUAUAUAUGGUGGGCCAAACUCGUAUACACGUUGAUCAAGUGAAAGGGUUAGGAUCAUUUAUGGAACUCGAGGUGGUCUUGGCUGAUGACGAAAGUAUCGAACAUGGAGAAAAAAUUAGCAACAAUUUAAUGGAUAAAUUGGGAAUUACCAAGGAUUGUUUAAUCUCCGGAGCUUAUAUGGAUUUGCUCUUAAAAGGAGAAUCCACUUUAUAAGUUUUAAAACAUUUUUUUUUUUACUUUAAACGUAUUUAAAAUAUGUUAAAAUCUGUUUAAUAUUACAUUCGCUAAUAAAUAAAGAAAAUCUUUUCUAGUUUAUUUAAAAAAAAAGAUUUUAUUUUGU